AUGGCAACCUCAACGAGGAUUCAGCCCAAGAGAGGAGCGAAGUCAGCCUCAAAGCCCAUGCGAGAUGUGGUCUUGGACCUGGACGACGCGGAAGACUUGAACGAGCUUCAAGAGACUCAAGAACAAGAAGCGACACCAAGCAAGCAAAAGCCAUCAACUGGAGACUUCUUCAAGGACGCUGCUCGUGAUCUCUUGGCCGCCGAAACAGCUGCAGAAGACUCAGACUUUGGAAAGAGAACUACAGCUAGCAAGAAGCGUAAGCGGACCUCCGAUGGUGUGGCUAAGACCAAAGCGCAGCCCUGGAAGAGAUCGAAACGUCAACCAUCUCCAGAUGUUCCUGAUAUGUCGGACAUGAGCUCUGACGAUGAGCGUGAGGAGGAUCGUCGGCUGUUUGAGAAGAAAAAACGAGCACCGCCAUCACCAAUCGUGAAGGCUUCCAUCACAUCCUCUAUUCUCCGCUUAGAAGUCCGAUCUGGUCCUGCAACAAUAAACAUCAACCUCGCCGACAUCCUCCCAAGACACGUCUUCGAUAGGAAUAUUGGUGGUGCUUCUCCCGACCUCGACGGCAGCACACUACUCGGAGAUGGCAAUAUCGAAGCUACCCGACAAGUGAGACAGAGAAUACUGGAAGACUUCUCUGCUAUGAGACUCAAUCCAGAUUAUGCAUGCUUCCUAGAACUCGAGCCCGCGUUGCGUAAUCGCAUCUACCGAGAAAUGCUAGUGGAUGGCUCUGUUGUCGAAUUCGACCCUUGUCCUCGCUCCUCAAGAGAUCCGACGCUGCUCCAAACUUGCCGUCAGAUCUACGAGGAAGGGCGUGGUAUCCUGUAUGGCGAAAACGCAUUCCACUUUGACCGGACCUUUAGAACUCGUGGUCAUUACUACGACAGAGAACAAAGAGAAGUUGGGUACAAAGAUGUCCGUCGCUUCCUCGAGACAAUCGGAUCCCAUAACAUUGCAAAGCUACGAUUCGUAUCGCUACGCCUCCAAGACGCGGUACCAUCGUUCACCCCCAAGCUCGAUUCAGAAGAACGCAAAUAUGUCAAUGACGCAGUUCUACAUCGAGUACUCCGACUGCUUGGUGAUUCUGAAUGCGUUCUCGACAAAUUCGUCGUUGGUUUCGAUGGCAAAGGAGCCUUGGACCUGAACCACGUCGCAUUUCUUAGAGCAUUCACUUCCAUUUCUUGCCGCAAGCUCAUCAAGACAUGCCGGUUUGGUCACUCAAAGAUUGCAGAUCAUGUCUGGAUGCGACUAAAAAACUUCAUGAAGAUGCCCAAGCUACUCAACGUAGACGAGGAUAGACAAAAAGUACCGGUGAUGCAGCAUGAGCUUGCCACCCGUGGGUAUUGUCAUCGCUCUGGUUGGCAUUAUCGUAAUGCAGGAUGCAGCGAUGAGCAGUAA